CCGAUCGCCGCAGCUUGCCGCUUGAUCAUCAUGUUUGUCGCUCAGGAUCACCGGGUGGACACCUACGUGCAUGUACUGUUGAUAACCACCGGCAGCGUUGCUUCUGUCAAAGCCCCCCUCAUCGUUAAGGAACUCUUAAAGUAUGACAAAGUGAAGGUCCAAGUGGUCUCUACUGGCCCGUCACUAGUGUUUUUCAAGCGAGAAGACAUCGAAGACGGAGAUACUAGAGUGUGGACCGAUAAGGAUGAAUGGCCGACGUCGUUCAAAAUUGGCGAUCCAAUCUUACACAUUGAAUUGAGACGGUGGGCUGAUGUGGUGCUAGUAGCACCCUGCUCAGCUAAUACGUUAUCCAAAAUUGCGCAUGGUUCGUGCGACAAUCUUGCGACUUCGCUAAUGCGAGCUCUGGCACCUACCACACCGACGUACAUCUUUCCUGCGAUGAACACAUUGAUGUAUGAUCAUCCGCUCACAGCUGAACAUCUUCGGAUUGUUCGUGAUGUGGUCAAAUACACUGUCGUUGGUCCGAUAGGGAAAGAUCUUGCAUGCGGAGACGUAGGUCUAGGUGCAAUGACCGAAUGGCGCGAUAUUGUAUGCAUAGUAGUAGAGAAGUUCCAGUUAAAUCUUCGCGUGUGAU